GCAGAAUGCACACAUACAAGUUCGACGUUACUUACAACUUCUAACCUCGCACUAUCAACUUGUUGUCCCUAUUAUCAGAUUGUCUUAAUCGCACGCUCGCGUUAUUUAUGAUUGUUGUCAAUUGACUUCCUUAUUAAAUCUCAAUUUUUUCCUGUUAUUUUCUCGGUGAGACUAUAACUUAUAGACGAACCAAUCAUAUUUAAAGUAACAGGAGUUGGAUUUUGGCGCGAGACUCACUUAUUCAUUUAGCUAGAUAGCAUUUUAGCAUUCUAGCUGGUGUUUAUAACACUCCUCCAACACAAGAAACCUUCAGGCUAAACACUCCAGUUAUGUUCAAUUGAUCACUAGAACUGAAUGUUAACUUCGUUUGUUGCUUUUCGAGUCAUAAAUGAAUCAAUCUCGUUCUGUUCUUAGACAGCUAAAACAUUUUUCGUGUGUACGUUAUCUAGCAAUAGGUCUCUCUGAUAAUGGAAGUUUUGUCUUCUCACAGAAAAGUGUCGGUGCUGAUGUUGAUAUGGUUAACUAUAAUACACCUGGAAUUUAUUUUGCAGCUUACAAUCCAGAAGGAUUUAUUUUAAACACAGGUGUGAAGGUGAUUGGACCAUGCGCUGCUUUUCCGCGGUUCGCUCUUAGUUGGAAGGUGAAAGAUGCUUUGGAUAUUUCUGAGGAGUCUCUAUCUUUGCUUUUCAUGCUGGAGCCUCCACUUGAGGUUCUUAUCAUUGGUAAGGGAGAAACAAAAAGUCCAGUUGACUACCAACGAAUACUAAAUAUAUGCUGGAAACAUCGUCUGCCUGUGGAAGUGAUGUCAACACAUCAUGCUAUAGGAACAUUUAACUUUCUGAAUUCAGAAAGACGAUAUGUAGCUGCAGCUGUCAUUCCUCCUCGUCGUCUUGAUGUAUAUGAUGAAGCUGAUAAAAGAGCCACGCAUCUACUAUUGGAAAGAGAGAGUCAACAAUCAGACGAAAUACCUCUACUGAGUCCAACCAGCACUAAGUUGUUGGAAUCCAGUGAUUUUAAAGGAGAUAUUAUUGUUUCACGUUCACCUUUGAUAAGUGGUAAUACACCAUCCUCCACGUCAUUGCCUUCUGGAAGCGAAGAAAAAACAUGAACUUAGCACUUUAAUGUUUGUAUAUAUGUGAUUAGACAUUAACACGUGUUUUUACCCUGUUGUUUCACUAUUGUGCAUAAUAAACGCCUAGAUAGCAUAA